AGGACCCUUGACCUCUGACCCAAGAUGGCGGCGUCCAGUAUUAUCGGUUUGCUUUUGCCCUGAGGUGAACUAAGGCCGGGAAGCCAGCAUCAUGUCGAAGCUAAGCCGGGCCACUCGGGCCCUCAGGAAGCCCGAGGCCGGCGGCGUGAUCCGGACCAUCGUACGGGCAGGCCAGGCCAUGCCCGGGCCCCCACUGGGCCCCAUCCUGGGUCAGCGAGGCGUUUCCAUCAACCAGUUCUGCAAGGAGUUCAACGAGAAGACAAAGGACAUCAAAGAAGGCAUUCCUCUGCCUACAAAGAUUUUUGUGAAGCCUGACAGGACAUUUGAAAUCAAGAUUGGACAACCUACCGUUUCCUACUUCCUGAAGGCAGCUGCUGGGAUUGAGAAGGGGGCCCGGCAGACAGGGAAGGAGGUGGCAGGCCUGGUGACCUUGAAACAUGUAUAUGAGAUCGCCCGCAUCAAAGCUCAGGAUGAUGCCUUCGCCCUGCAGGACGUGCCCCUGUCCUCUGUUGUCCGCUCCAUCCUUGGCUCUGCGCGUUCCAUGGGCAUUCGUGUGGUGAAGGACCUCAGUUCCGAAGAGCUGGCAGCUUUCCAGAAGGAGCGAGCCAUCUUCCUGGCUGCUCAGAAAGAGGCAGAUUUGGCAGCCCAGGCAGAAGCUGCCAAGAAGUGACCCUUGUGCCCCACACUCCAGGAUUUUGAAGGGAGUAGCUGGGAAGGGGGCCAGUUGGGAAGACUGUGCCAAAGGGGAGGAAGGGAGGUCACACUGGUCUGGUCCUUAUUUCCCUGACUUUAAAGUAUAUAUUUUUACACGUAUGGCUGUAUCAAGGGAUCAAGCCUGAAUAAACAUCCUUUGUCACCGA